AUGGGCGGACAAGCAGAAGGCCAGGAUGGCCACCUCCAAAAGCGAUUUUCUAAAAUAACCAUGCUUGGUAUGGCCUUCGCCAUUCUAAACACAUGGAUUUCUCUAGCUGGAUCCAUCGGCUUGGUAAUGCCAUCCGGAGGCUCCGUAUCCUUUGUUUAUGGCUUCAUCUUCUGCGUGCUCUGCAAUAUCUGCUUGAGCGCCAGUGUUGGAGAGCUUGCCUCUAUAUAUCCAACAGCCGGCGGACAGUAUCACUAUGCUUAUGCUCUAUCGAUGCAGAAAUGGAAGAAGCCUAUGAGCUUUUUUGUUGGAUGGAUCAACAUUGCUGGCUGGCUCACACUCAACACUACGGCUGCGUACUUUGGAGCUCGAUUUCUUGCAGCAGCAGCUGUGGCAGGUUCCGGUGGCACUUAUGAAAUAACGAAGUGGAGUACUUAUCUCAUGUUCGUUGCAGUGUCAAUUAUUGGGGUGUUCUUGAACAUCUUCGGCUACCCCAUCCUGAAUCGCUGGAACGAAGGGGCUUUAUACUGGUCUUUGCUUAGUGUCAUCGUUAUUAGUAUCGUGCUACUGUCAACCUCUCCAAAGACGGAUGCCUCGUUCGUCUUUACCAACUUCUCCAACACAACCGGCUGGAGCGAUGGAACUGCAUGGAUGCUUGGUCUACUCCAGUCUGCGCUCAGCUUCAUAGGAUAUGAUGCGGUGGCUCACAUGACAGAGGAGAUGCCGCGUCCAACUAAAGACGCGCCCCAAGCCAUGGUUGGUGCCGUGCUCGUUGGAGGUAUUACUGGCAUUGUGUUCAUACUGGUGAUGCUAUUCUGUGCGGUCGACAUUGAUGUGCUCCUUGCAUCUCCGACACAGAGUCCACUGACUGAAAUAAUUCUGCAAGCCACUAAGAGCAGGGCUGCUGCCAUAAUUCUCAGUGUCGCUGUAGCACUCUGCUUUGUCAAUGGGGCCAAUGGUUGCGUCACGUCUGGCAGUCGUCUGGUAUGGGCAAUGGCUCGCGACAAUGGCACGCCUUUCUCAAGAUAUCUGUCGCACCUUCACCCAAAGCUUAACGUUCCAGUACGCGCAAUUGUUGUACAAGCUGUUUUCAACCUACUAUUUGGUCUUCUUUAUCUCGGUCCGGAAGUGGCAUUCAAUGCGUAUAUUGCUAGUUGCACACUGUUUUUGAAUCUGUCAUACGCACUGCCCGUCAUGAUUUUGCUUGUCAGGGGCAGGCGUCUGUUGUCAGCCAACCCCCCAGAGUUUUCCUUAGGGCAAGGAAUCCUAGGUUAUGUAACAAACUGGGUUGCUGUUCUCUUCGUGCUUGUCACCUCUGUUUUCUUCUGCUUCCCGCCUGCUAUACCAAUCGACAUAUCUACCAUGAACUAUGUCACAGCUGUGAUUGGUAUCUUCAUUGUUUAUGCCACGGUAUUGUGGACUGUAAAGCGCAAGACCUAUAAUGGUCCUAAAUUUGACCUUAUCCUUGGAGAGGAGCUUCCUGUCAACAACCCAAAUAAUCAGGGUGCAAUAGUCGCAAAAGGUAGUGAUUUUGACGGUCAAGAUAAGGAAUGA